AUGUCCAGACGUUCCUCCCGCCUCGUUCUCCAAUCAUCGGCCGCUGAGCAGCAAAAGAAACGAGCCUCUGACGACUCCUCCCCUUCUCCCUUCGAAACAAGCAGGGAGACAAAACGCCAAAAGUCCUCCAAGGCUAAAGUCUCCGCACGUGGAUCGAAGCCCGCCAAAUCUGCAGAAGGGAAAAAGAGCAGAUACUUUAAGAAACAGGUGCCGGAAAGCCUGGAUCCGGAGUCAUCGGAGCUAUCUGAGGCGGCUUCUGCUACAACAUCAGCUUUCGAAGAAAGCAAAGCGGACUCGGCUGACGUCCCGCCAAUUACGGAUGAGUCGGAAUCGAAUACGAAACCACAAAAGAAGCGCGGUGAUGGGGGUUGGGCAGGAGGACGGAAGAGAAAAACUACAGCUGCACAGGACUCCAAGGAGACAGGUGCUGGUUCCUCUGCUGCCCAAAGAAGGAAGGGAAAUGAGUUAUGGCGGGAGGGUGUAAAAGCUGGUCUGGGACCUGGGAAGGAAGUCUUUAUCAAGCUUCCGAAAGCUAGGGAUGCUGGUGAUACGCCCUACGAGGAUGGUACGAUCCAUCCAAAUACACUGCUGUUCUUGAAGGACUUGAAGGAAAAUAACGAGCGGGAAUGGUUUAAGAUGCAUGAUGCGGAUUUUCGGACUUCAAAGCGCGAUUGGGACACGUUCGUUGAAAGUCUUACAGAGAAGAUCAUGGAGAAGGAUAGCACGAUUCCAGAAUUGCCUGCCAAAGAUCUGGUAUUCCGUAUAUAUCGAGACAUCAGAUUCAGCAAUGAUCCCACUCCAUACAAACCACACUUCUCGGCUGCAUGGUCUCGAACUGGGCGAAAGGGCCCAUAUGCCGCAUAUUACGUGCAUUUGGAGCCAGGGAAAUGCUUUAUUGGCUCGGGCCUCUGGCAUCUAGAAGUUGAUAAACUUGCGCUGCUUCGCCAAGAUAUAGAUCAGAAUUCACGACGAAUCAAGUCCAUAUUGAAUGCACCUGAUGUUCGAAAGGAGAUUUUCAACGGCGUUCCAAAGAACGAGAAGGAGGCUGUUCUGGCGUUCGUUGGUCAGAAUCAGGAGAAUGCUCUGAAAACCAAACCCAAGGGAUACGAUGCAGAUAACAAAAACAUUGACCUUAUACGGCUCCGCGGUUUCACCAUGAGCAAAAGACUUCAAGACAAAGACUUGUUAGGUCCGAAAGCCCUUGAUAAGGUCGCACAUAUUGUUGGGAUUAUGGCACCUUUCGUUACAUACUUGAACAGCGUCGUGAUGCCCGAUCCCCCCAGCCAUUCUGAUAACGAAGGUGAUGAUGAUGAAGGCGGUAAUGGGGAUGAGGUCGAGGAAGGUGCUGAUCAGGGAGACACUGAUUCUAGUGUGGUUAGCGAACCUGAGUAG